AUGACGUCAUUUCUGCCAUCGUUUCACUUCAGUGGCAAACGAAAGCGUCGACAUCGCACGAUUUUCUCCGAGGAACAGCUACAGGUUCUGGAGGCUACCUUCACAGAAACACACUAUCCCGAUGUGUCGUUACGUGAGAAACUUGCUAUACAAUGUGAUCUGAAAGAAGAACGGGUAGAGGUCUGGUUCAAGAACCGGCGCGCCAAGGAGCGCAAGCAGAAACGGGAGACGGGCAAGGAGGGUGCUGUACAGAAGAUCACCGCUUCAGAUGAAAGCGACUGUGAUUUGAGCGACGAAGACGACGCGACGCGAGCGAAGCGGGCGAAAAUCGCUGUCGAUAGUGACAUCAAAACGGCCACAGCGACUACCACUAAACCAUCACCGUCGCCACCACCGCCACCUCCACCACCCUCACAAUUAAUGAAGUCAUCACCUGCCUAG